AUGUCCGAGUCGUCGACUCUGCCCUCCGGCAGCGGCAGCGCGUCGUCGUCCGACUCCGACUCGCCACCCGCCGCCGAGUCCCACCCGCCACUCGCGGCCGGCUCGGGUUCGGCAGCAGGCUCGAGCCGGCCGCCGACGGCGUUGGUAGAGUCAGGGACGGCAGGCCGCGUCACGCUCGAGCGGGUGACGGGCGCGCAGGUGGAGGCCGUGAGCAACUCGAUCGCCCAGGGCGGUAACCCGCUGUACAAGAGCAAGAUGGCGCCGAUCGCGUCGAUCUUCACCGAGUUUGACGUAAAGUACGGGAGCGAGUUUGCGAGCGACGACGCGGCGGUGGCGCGGGUGAGCCGCGAGAGCCUGCCGCUCGUCUUUGAUCUGCUGCCGCCGGAACGGGCGACGGCGAUGACGGUGGACGAGCUGGAGGACGCGGCGCUCGAGGUGUGGGCGCGGCUCGAGACGCCGACGCAGCGGCUGGCGUUCCUCUGGUACCCGCACGCCGACGCGCCGCGGCGGUACACGGGCGCCGACGUCGAGCCGCCGGGCAAGAAGCCGCUCGCCGUGUGGGAGAUCAAGCGGGGGACGGCCGAGCCCGUGGUCCGGCUCGUGCCCGUGCCGGAGAUCUACGAGCUGACGGGCGCCGAGGUGGUGGACAUCUGCAACGCGGCGUCGUGGUCGCAGGCCGAGUUUAAGGCCGUCGGCAGCUGGCUGCGGCGCGCGAUGCGGUGCGGCGACGGCGCCCUACGCCUCAACAUGCUGCGGCGCGUGCAGACGACGCUGCUGCUCGUCGAGCUUGUGCAGCGAGUCGAUGUCGAGACCCGCGACGGCAUGGCCCUCACCGCCUCGUCGUUCAUCCGCAGCGCCUCCAGCUCAGCGUGA